AUGGAAAGCAAAACCCAACAGUUGCUGCCAUCAUGCAUCGUCUUCGGUUCGCUUACGACUUGGCCUCUAGAAUCGGAACUCGAACUUGUCCGUGAUACUUUGCUCACGAGCAACAGUCACCCAGGCCGCACGGAAUCAAUCGUCAACGCACUUUGCAGCCUUCCGCAGCUUUGGGAAGAGCUGCUUUCCCGGCAUGUUGGGCUUGCAAGGCUCCCAUCCGGCCGGGAUGCUGCGGACCAGCUAGCGCGGUGGGCAUCUUCCACGGAUGGAAAGCUGCCCCAGGGCGGCCAGCAGCCCAUGUUAAAUCGACUAUCCAUGCCGAUGACUGUCCUGAGGCAUUUCACGCAGUACUUCAGAUUUAUCGAUCAAAUACCACUUGCUGCGGACACAGAUGGCGCGGCAACUCACUCGACUCUCCUAGACGCGCUUAGAGCCCCGGAAUCUGGAGAGAGAAGAGCUGCAGGCAUUCAGGGCUUCUGCGUUGGACUUCUAAGCGCACUCUCCAUAGCGGGUGCCCACGAUCAGGUAACGCUCGCGAAUAAUAUGGCUUUUGCUGUCCGACUGGCAUUUGCGGCAGGCAUCUUUGUUGAUCUAGAUGCUCUAGACGAAGGCCAAACAACUUGCCUUGCCAUACGAUGGCGUGCACCUAUGGGAUUGGACGAUGUCGAAGAGAUACUGACAAUGUACGACGGGGCAUACAUCUCCGUGCUCAAAGAUACACACGACGCUUCCGUCACUGUUCCUUCAGCGUCCAUUGGCGCCUUGAAACAGGAAUUGGCCGACCGGAAGGUUUCAGCGGUGGAUACAGGCUUAAGCGGGCGAUAUCACUUCUCGCCACUUGAGCGCGCCGUCGAACCCAUAAUGGAGGCUUGUAGCGCACUAGGUUCGACAUCAUUUGGCAUGCCUCGGGUUCCAGUGCGGUCAAACGAUGAUGGGAAAAUCAUGGAUGAUAGCAACCCUGCCACUCAUGUGAGAGUAGCACUGAGAUCUAUCCUCGCUGCCCGUUGCAAGUGGACAUCUGUCAUGAUGCCUGUUGCUGAGGCGCUUCGGUCAUUGCCCGGCGCAUUCAUCCAGUCAUUUGGUGCUGAUGCCGUUCCACUUUCGGUCUCGAGAGAAAUCAAGGUCGUCAAGGCGGCAGACAUGUCCGCCAAAUCUCAACAGUCACGCCCAGAACAGCCCCAAUACCCGGCAGGGGCUAUUGCUGUGGUCGGCAUGUCCUGCAAGUUUCCCGGCGCUGACUCGGUCGACCAAUUCUGGCAGAUGCUUCUCGACGGCCGGUCCUGUGUGGAGCCGGUUCCGCCAUCACGGUGGACUGAGGAGAUGUCGACGCGUGCCGGGCUCAACAAGGACAAGAAGAAGGACAACAGCAAGAAGCCGCAGAAUUGGGGCAACUUUAUACGCGACAUAGACGCCUUUGACCACCGCUUCUUCAAGAAAUCCGCUCGUGAGGCCGCCUCAAUGGACCCGCAGCAACGGCUCCUUCUCGAGGCCACUUACGAAGCCAUGGCGUCGGCUGGCUACUUUGCCAACCCUUUCCGGCCCCACGACGUAGGCGUAUACAUUGGCAUGAGCUCUACCGACUACGACGCCAAUGUCGGCUCGCACCAGGCCAACGCCUUUUCGACAUUGGGCACGCUGCGUGCGUUUAUCAGCGGCAAGCUAUCCCACUUCUUCGGCUGGACCAGCCCGUCGCUCACAAUCGACACGGCGUGCUCCUCAUCCGCUGUGGCGAUCCAUGCCGCAUGCCAGGCCAUCCGCAACGGCGAGUGCAGCCGCGCCGUCGCGGGCGGGAUCGUCCUGCUCACGGCGCCUUACAUCCAAGAGAACCUAGCUGCUGCGCACUUCCUUAGCCCUACGGGUGCCUGCAAGCCGUUUGAUGCACGUGCAGACGGUUACUGCCGGGGCGAGGGUGUAGGGUUGGUCGUGCUUAAGGAUCUCGUGGCGGCACAGAGGGACGGCAACGAGAUCCUCGCCGUGCUUGGCGCAACCGGCGUUAACCAGAACCGGAAUUGCGGCGCCGGCAGCAGUGCGCCCAUCGCGGUGCCUGUGGCCGACUCGCAACGACAGCUGUUUGAGGCGGUAGCAGCGCGUGCCGGUAUUAUACCGAGUGAAUUAUCGCUGGUUGAAGCGCACGGCACGGGUACGCCUGUCGGGGAUCCGAUUGAGAUGGAGAGUAUCCGGGCUGUGUUCGGCAACGGGAGCCCACAGCAUCGCCGCAAGAAGCCGGUCUAUGUCUCGUCGGUCAAAGGCGCCAUCGGCCAUCUCGAGGGUGCAUCUGGUGUUGCGGGUCUGAUCAGAGCCAUCUUGCAGAUCGAGAAGCGCACGGCAACCUUGCAAGCCUCUUUCCGUUCCCUCAACCCGAAAAUUCCCGCUCUUGGGCCUGACAACAUCGUCAUUCCCACCCAGGCUGUGCAGUUUGCAGACACAGACUUCUUGACAGCAUGCGUCAACAACUACGGUGCGGCGGGAAGUAACGCGGCAUUGAUAGUGAUGCAAGCUCCGAAAAAGCCUAGAAGAAGGACCGCACCGUCCUCACUGCAAAGGCAGCCAAUUCUCGUGACCGCACACACAACAGAAAGUCUUUCCACCUAUUGCCUCACUUUGGCAGACCAGCUACAAGCAUACAGCACUACAAAGGAGGGAGUUUACAACCCUUCAAAUAUCGCCUACAGCCUUUCGCGAAGGCAAAACCAAGAGCUUCCAUACACAUUCAUAACCACAUCCUCGGAUCUGAAGGACUUGGAAACUCAGCUAAGAAAUAAUAGCGCCGCGAAUCAGAGCAAAGCGUCCGACCCGAGGCCUACCAAGGCACCUCCACUUGUCCUUGCUUUUGGCGGCCAAGUCCGCGAUCAUGUCAAUCUCGACAAGGAAUUCUACGAGCAGUCAGCACUCUUUCGCUAUCAUCUAGACCAGUGCGAUGUGACGCUACAGUCACUAGGCUUUGUGAGCGGUGAAGAAGAACAGCAAACAUCACUCCUGUACCCUGGCAUAUUUUCCCUAGAGCCUGUAUCCGAUAUCGCCGCCCUGCAUGCCAUGGUGUUCUCAGUACAAUAUGCCACUGCCAAGGCAUGGAUGGACUCGGGACUUGUUGUCGACGCGGUGAUAGGCCACAGCCUCGGUCAACUCACGGCUCUCUGUGUGUCCGGUGCGCUCUCCCUUGUCGACAGUCUAAGGCUGGUUGUCGGCCGAGCAGAGCUGAUGCAGUCGCACUGGGGCUCCGAGCGUGGCGCCAUGCUCGCAGUCGAAGCGGCUAUCGACACUAUUAAACAGCUUCUCACAGAUGGGGAUUUCGGCACCCUGGAAGUAGCAUGCUAUAACGGACCCAGGUCACACGUCCUUGUCGGCUCAGCCGCGAAUGUCGACAUCUUCCAACGGCACCUCACCGACAAGGGCGUUCGCGCGAAGCGCCUGGCUGUCACUCACGGUUUCCACAGCCGCUUCACCGACACCAUGAUCCCACCGCUCGAAGAUCUGGCUCGCGGAUUGGGUAGCAUGUGCACACCACAGAUACGUCUGGAGACCUGCUCACCUGGUGCGAGUUGGUCGGAAGUAACGCCAGAGCUCAUAGCACACCAUACACGCGAACCGGUGUACUUUACGCAGGCGGUUCAGCGGCUGGCUGAGUCGUUCGGGGAGGGAUGCACGUGGCUUGAAGCCGGGUCGGAUUCAGGGGUCGCAGCCAUGAUCCGACGCGUCUUGGAUGACAGCAAGGGCAGUACAGGUCAUAUCUUUCAGCCCAUGGUGCUGAGCAAAAAGAAAGAGUCUGUGCCAGACGUGUUGGCGGACGCUACGGUGAAUCUCUGGCGGCGCGGGCAUCAGAUGCGCUUCUGGGGGUUUCAUCCUCGUCAGCGAGACCAGUACGACUUCAUCAGGCUUCCACCAUAUAGCUUUGAGAAGACGAGGCACUGGCUCGAUAUCAUUCCCCCACAGCCAGUCAUCGUCCAGGUUCCGCAGCUCCAAGCACCCGCAGCUGAGCCUGUAGGUGAGACGCCAAGCCUUCCGCCGAGGCUUAUCACACUCCAGUCGCGUUCUGAAGGCGGCGCCACAUUUGGUGUCAACCCCCAGUGCGAAGAGUAUACUCGUUUCGUGGGCGGCCACGUCGUUGCUGGCGCCCCGCUGUGUCCGGCUACUGUGUAUGUCGAGCUGGCUGUGCGAGCUGCCAGAGAAGUCUUGGCGCCUACGUCUAUGCCGGCAAGCUUCUCCGUGCAGGACUUGAAGAUGGAGUCGCCGCUAGGUCUUGCCACCGACCGUCGCGUCACGCUUCGGCUACGCCAGUUGAGUGCUGGAUCUGAUUGGGCAUUUGAUGUGUCCAGCCAGCCGCUUCAAGGACAACAAGCAAGUGGGGAUCGUGUCUCGGUGCACGCCGUGGGCCAUGUGAUUAUCCAGGAGAGUCCAGAGGAGCAAAGUGCUGCUGGUGAUGAGCUGGCGCGCUUCGAGCGCCUUGUCAGCCAAGAGGCUGUCGACGCACUGCUACACGGCACCGAGAACGACACCGCGGAGUCUGUGCAUGGAUCUAUGGUGUAUCGGCUGUUCUCUCGGGUGGUAGAGUACGAUCCACUAUAUAAAGGUAUUCGAAACGUGGCCGUAGCCACCCGAGGAAAGACCGACACAGCCGCCGGAACUGUGACACUGUCGAACGGCGAUGCCAUGUAUCGGGCCAACACGUAUACGCUCACGCUACCGUCAGUGGUGGACGCCUUCAUCCAGCUUAGUGGAAUCCACGCAAACAUAUUUGACAAAGGGUGUGCCGAGGGUGAGGUGUUUGUUAUGACAAGCCUCGCACGUUUAGUCUUUGGGCCAGACUUUACUCUAGACGGUGAAAAGUUCAAGUCAAGGAAGACUUGGAAGAUCUGGCUUACUGGCACCGAAAGUCAACCUAGCGACAAGGAGCGUGCCCACGAUUUGUUUGUCUACGAUGCGACAACUGGGCACAUAGUGGUCCUCAUCCUAGGUGCGCGAUUCACAAGGGUCUCACUAGGUUCCCUGUCCAAGGUUCUGUCUCGUGUCAACAUAAAUGGCAAGACUACACAACGUGCGCCGGCACCUGUGCCAGAGGAGAAGCGCAAGCAAACAAUGGUCGAGCUUACCCCGGUAGUGACCACACCUCAACCUGUCGUUGCGCCACCAACUACUGCAGUCGUGAGGCAGGCCAAGCCGGUCACUCUCGAUAGGAACGGCGCCAUCUUCGAUGCCGUCUGUGAACUAGUCGAGCGCGUCGCCGAGGUACCUCGAGAUCAAGUCAAGGGCAAUGUGUCACUAGACGAGAUUGGUAUCGACUCGUUGAUGCUGAUGGAGGUCUUCAGCGAGAUCUCUGCCCACUUUGACAUCGAGCUACCUCUCACGGCCCUUGAGAAUAUGGCCGACGUCGACGCUCUGGUGCGGUACCUGAUUCAACAGGGCGCGUCGUACGGUAGCGAUACCGGACCAGGGUCCUCAGAGGAUGGAGACGCAUUCUCUUCUACACCAGCUAGCAGUGUGGAGAUCUCACCUGUUGCCGCCUCUGUCUCAUCGGCCACCUCACUAGAGGCAAAACCAACGACAACCGCUGCCCUGGUAAACGGGCUGGCAGCGCUCCUGCAGUCACACCUGGAGUUGCCGUCGCCACCCACCUUGGAAGCCAACCUGGCUGAUCUGGGCCUGGACUCGCUCCUGUGCAUCGAGCUCGCUAGUGAUGUCCAGUCAGAGUUUGGCGUUGAGCUUGAUGUGUAUCAACUAGACGAAAAGUCGACUUUUGCAGAUCUAGUGCGAUUGGUAGAUCCUGAGUUUACAGGCGUUGUGUUCCAGAAGCAGCAGACCCAACCUACCAAAAGCACUGAAUUCAUUGUCAGUGGCACACAUAAAAAUGCCCUUGCAGCUGACGAUGUGCUAAGCAAGGUUGGCGGACAGCUUCCCCAAUCUGAGCCUCUAGCUCCAUUCUCAAAUGCAGCACAAGUUUACGAAGACACUCGGCUGGGCUUCGACCAGUUCGUCGAUGACCAAGGCUUCACCGCGUUCUGGACAAACGUGUAUCCUCAUCAAGCCACACUGGUCCUCGCCUAUGUCGGCCAAGCGUUCAAAGAGCUUGGUGUGGACCUGUCAGCCAUCCCUGCCUCGCGUACCAUUCAACCUCUGGCCGGGGUUCUCUCGAAACACAAACAUCUCCUUCGACAGUUGCACGAGAUACUAGUGGACGGGGGUUACCUGACAAAAGAAGGAGAAAAUCACUAUACCCGAAGCUCCAAGCCAUUUGACUUGGCACUUCCGCAGACGCUGCUGGCCGAGAUCACGCGUCGCUUCCCACUACAUGCCGCUGAGCACCGACUCCUCGAUGUUACCGGAUCUCGUCUUGCUGCAUGCAUGACAGGCCGUGCCGAACCACUGCAACUGCUAUUCGCCAACAAAGCAAAUCGCACGCUGCUAGCCGAAGUGUAUGAACGGGGACCGUUAUUCCAUGCUGCUACACGCUUCCUAGCCACGUACCUGGUCCGUCUAUUUUCGAACGCCAAGAAGCCCGUCCAUCUACUCGAGGUCGGCGCUGGCACUGGCGGGACCACUCGCUAUCUGGUCGAUCAGCUCUCUCGCGCCGGGGUAGACUUCACCUAUACCUUCACCGACAUCUCUGGUGCGCUGGUCUCACAAGCGCGGACCAAGUUUGCUGCCGGCCCUCUGGACAUCAGCGAGCGCAUGCGCUAUGCCACGCUCGACUGCGAGAAGUCGCCGCCGGCCGAGCUGACGGGCCGCUACGAUGUGGUUAUCUCGACAAACUGCGUGCACGCCACACCCGACGUGAGUGUGGCGGCUAGAAACAUUCGCCAGCUGCUCCAACCCGAUGGGUUCCUUGCGUUGGUCGAGUACACGCGAAACCUUUUCUGGUUUGAUGUCGUCUUCGGCCUGCUCGACGGCUGGUGGCUCUUCGUCGACGGUCGCGACCAUGCUCUGGCAUCCACCGAGUUCUGGGACGGGGCACUUCGCCAGGCUGGCUUCCCCCACGUGGCCUUCUCCGGCGGUGAUACUGAAGAGGCAAACACGCUGAGGGUCAUUUGUGCCUUCAACAAAGGUCUCAGUGAGGCGUCCUUGCAAUCUGCGGCCUUGCCGUCUGCUCCCCCCUCCGUGCUAAACCGCCGCGCCGGAGUGACUGUGGAGACUGUCGCGUGGAAACACAUCGACGGCGUGGAGCUACUCGCCGACGUCUACUCUCCGGCUGACCAGGAUGUACCCGGCUCCAAGCGGCCAGUUGCUCUUCUCCUGCACGGAGGCGGCUAUGUAGCCUGCACCCGGCGCGACAUCCCGAUGCGCCACGUGAAGCGCCUUCUCGCACUCGGCUUUCUCCCCAUCAGUAUCGACUACCGGCUUUGUCCGGAGGUGAACCUUGUUAAUGGGGCUUUAGCCGACGCAGUCGAUGCCAUCGCUUGGGCUCGUGGUCCCUUGCUACCAACCCUGCCUCAAUCAGGUCGACAUGUUGACUCUGAGAAGCUUGCCGUCGUCGGCUGGUCAGUAGGCGGGCAUCUGGGUAUGACAGCGGCGGGGUCUUGCGCGGCUGCUGGAGUUCGGCCGCCGGAUGCCGUGGUGGCUUUUUAUGCGCCGUCAAAUUUUGAAGAUGAUUGGUGGAAGCAUCCCAUCUACCCCUCGUGCAUCCCUGAGUCCCCAGACAGCGAGAUCGGGUAUGAAAAGGAUCUGUUAGAGGGUGUGGGCGACAAAUGUCUACCCGGCUACGAUCCACCUAGCAACCGCAACCGCCCAGGCAUGUUCAUCACGCUACGCGACCCGCGCUGGCGCAUCUGCGCGCACAUGAACUGGGCCGCACAGAUGGUCCCGAUCCUGGUCCACGGGCUCCCGGGUGCUCGCCAACUAAAAUUUCUCGCCAACGGCGAUGAGAGCAACUAUCCCUGGGCUCGUCUUCCAUGGCCCACGCCUGAGCAGGUCCGCGCCAUCAGCCCCCGGGGCCUCAUCGAUGCAGGCGCGUACGGCAAUGUGCCGACGUUUAUGGUCCACGGCACAUUGGACGACUUGAUCCCCGCACAGCAGACCGCAGCCACGAUGGCGGCACUGGCGGCACGCGGUGUCGACUCCGAGGCUGCUAUUGUGGAAGGCAUCGGACAUGGCUUUGAUCUUGCGCCUGGCGCGGACCCGAGGAGCGAGGGUUGGAAGGCCGUGGAAAGGGCAUACGAGUUUCUGUGUCGCCAUGUGAUGGUGUAA